CUUACUGGAUUCCAGAUCGGUUCAGGGAGAGCUGGGGUGGAUAGCAAGUCCCCUGGAAGGAGGGUGGGAGGAAGUGAGCAUUAUGGAUGAGAAGAACACUCCGAUCCGCACAUACCAAGUCUGCAAUGUGAUGGAGCCCAGUCAGAACAAUUGGUUACGAACUGAUUGGAUUCCCCGUGAGGGGGCUCAGAGGGUAUAUAUUGAAAUCAAGUUCACGCUAAGGGACUGCAACAGCCUGCCGGGUGUCAUGGGAACUUGCAAAGAGACUUUCAACCUUUAUUACUAUGAGUCAAACAAUGAUAAGGAGCGUUUUAUUCGAGAGAGCCAGUUUGCCAAGAUCGACACCAUUGCUGCUGACGAGAGCUUUACCCAGGUGGACAUUGGUGACAGGAUCAUGAAGCUGAACACAGAGAUACGGGAUGUGGGACCACUCAGCAAGAAGGGGUUUUAUUUGGCUUUUCAGGAUGUCGGUGCCUGCAUUGCUUUAGUCUCUGUUCGUGUCUUCUACAAGAAGUGUCCGUUGACCGUUCGGAACCUGGCACAGUUUCCAGACACCAUUACUGGGGCUGAUACAUCCUCUCUGGUGGAGGUUCGUGGCUCCUGUGUCAACAACUCGGAAGAGAAGGAUGUGCCAAAAAUGUACUGUGGGGCAGAUGGCGAAUGGCUGGUGCCCAUUGGCAACUGUCUGUGCAACGCUGGCUAUGAAGAACGCAAUGGUGAAUGCCAAGCUUGCAAAAUCGGAUACUACAAGGCUCUCUCGACAGAUGUUGCUUGUGCCAAAUGCCCCCCUCACAGCUACUCCAUCUGGGAAGGCUCUACCUCCUGCACCUGCGAUCGGGGCUUUUUCCGAGCUGAAAAUGAUGCUGCCUCCAUGCCCUGCACUCGCCCUCCAUCUGCUCCCCAGAACCUGAUUUCCAAUGUCAAUGAGACAUCAGUGAACUUGGAGUGGAGCCCCCCGCAGAACAAAGGUGGUCGGGAUGACAUCUCCUACAACGUGGUGUGCAAGAGAUGCGGUGCCGGCGACCUCAGCCGCUGCCGGUCCUGCGGCAGCGGUGUGCACUUCAGCCCCCAGCAGAACGGCUUGAGAACCACCAAAGUCUCCAUUACUGACCUCCUGGCACACACCAACUACACCUUUGAAGUCUGGGCAGUGAAUGGAGUGUCCAAGCAAAACCCCAGCCAGGACCAAGCUGUGUCAGUCACUGUGACAACUAACCAAGCAGCUCCGUCCCCAAUUGCAUUGAUCCAGGCUAAAGAGAUAACAAGGCACAGUGUUGCCUUAGCUUGGCUGGAACCUGACAGGCCAAACGGAGUCAUCCUGGAGUAUGAAGUCAAGUACUAUGAAAAGGACCAAAACGAGCGCAGCUAUCGCAUUGUGAAGACAGCCUCGAGGAAUACUGACAUCAAAGGCUUGAACCCUCUCACUUCCUAUGUGUUUCAUGUGAGGGCCAGGACAGCAGCAGGAUAUGGAGACUUCAGUGGACCAUUUGAGUUCACAACUAACACAGUUCCUUCCCCCAUCAUUGGCGAUGGUACCAAUCCCACGGUGCUUCUUGUUUCAGUGGCUGGCAGUGUUGUUCUUGUGGUCAUUCUCAUUGCAGCCUUUGUCAUCAGCAGGAGGCGCAGUAAGUACAGUAAAGCUAAGCAAGAGGCAGAUGAGGAGAAACAUUUAAACCAAGGUGUUAGAACAUAUGUGGAUCCUUUUACAUACGAGGAUCCAAACCAAGCUGUGAGGGAAUUUGCCAAAGAAAUUGAUGCCUCCUGCAUAAAGAUUGAAAAAGUUAUUGGUGUGGGGGAGUUUGGUGAAGUAUGCAGUGGACGUCUCAAAGUACCAGGAAAAAGAGAGAUCUGUGUUGCUAUCAAGACUCUAAAAGCUGGUUACACUGAUAAACAAAGGCGAGACUUCCUGAGUGAGGCCAGCAUCAUGGGACAAUUCGACCACCCCAAUAUCAUCCACUUGGAAGGUGUAGUGACUAAAUGUAAACCGGUAAUGAUCAUAACUGAGUACAUGGAGAAUGGCUCCUUGGAUGCCUUCCUCAGGAAGAAUGAUGGCAGAUUUACAGUCAUCCAGUUGGUGGGGAUGCUUCGUGGCAUUGGCUCAGGAAUGAAGUAUCUCUCUGACAUGAGCUAUGUGCAUCGGGAUCUUGCUGCUCGCAACAUAUUAGUCAACAGCAACUUGGUCUGCAAAGUGUCUGAUUUUGGCAUGUCGCGGGUCCUGGAAGAUGACCCUGAAGCAGCUUAUACCACACGGGGUGGGAAGAUCCCCAUCAGGUGGACUGCACCAGAGGCAAUUGCCUACCGUAAAUUUACGUCAGCUAGUGAUGUGUGGAGCUAUGGCAUCGUCAUGUGGGAAGUGAUGUCCUACGGAGAAAGACCUUACUGGGAUAUGUCCAAUCAAGAUGUUAUUAAAGCCAUUGAAGAAGGGUACAGGCUGCCACCCCCAAUGGACUGCCCCAUUGCUCUCCAUCAGCUGAUGUUAGACUGCUGGCAGAAGGAACGCAGCGACAGGCCUAAAUUUGGACAGAUUGUCAACAUGCUGGACAAACUCAUCCGCAACCCCAACAGCCUGAAGAGGACAGGCAGCGAGAGCUCCAGACCUAGCACAGCCCUGCUGGAUCCCAGCUCCCCUGAGUUCUCGGCGGUUGUUUCUGUCGGUGACUGGCUCCAAGCCAUGAAAAUGGAGCGAUACAAGGAUAACUUCACAGCUGCUGGCUAUACCACCCUAGAGGCUGUGGUGCAUAUGAACCAGGACGACCUGGCGAGGAUCGGGAUCACGGCCAUCGCGCACCAGAACAAGAUCUUGAGCAGUGUUCAAGCGAUGCGCACCCAAAUGCAACAGAUGCACGGCAGGAUGGUUCCCGUCUGAGCCAGCACUGAAUAUAAACUCAAAACUCUUGAAAUUAGUUUACCUCAUCCAUGCACUUUAAUUGAAGAACUGCACUUUUUUUACUUCGUCUCCUCGCCCGUCGAAAUAAAGAUCUGCAGCAUUGCUUGAUGUACAGAUUGUGGAAACCGAGCGUGUGUUUUGGGAGGGGCCUCCAGAAAUGACAAGCAGUCAUUUUAAACCAGACCUGGAACAAAUUGUUUCUUGGAACAUACUUCUCUGUUGAUCGACGAUAUGUAAAAUACAUGUAUCUAUAUAAAUAUAAAGUCACAUUCGAGUUUUGAUGCUAUGUUUGCUGCCAGAUACUGUGCUUAAAAAACAACAGCAUUACUUUCCUUCUCCCUGUGACCUGUAGGAUUACAACCAUAGUGUUUUAUUUGUGGGUGAAACCACCGUUGUGCAUCUUUCACUGGAAUGAAGAACCUGCCCUAGGAUGUUUUUGGCAGACUUCAUGCAUCACUAACGCCUUGCAGAAACCUCAGUGAGAAUAUUGUUUGGCUAAUCAGUGCCUGCUGAUUAGUGAUCUACCCAUUUACAGGCUUGAGACAUGAAGUGGCCCACCUUGUGGAUUACUGGGCAAAACUGGACUUCUGGGGAGAUUAUUGGCUGUUGUUGUGCCGUGCUGAAGCCUAACGCUGAAAGACAUUUUGAGAACAUCUUGCCAGUAUUCAGCUGUGACAAUCGUGGCUGUGGAGCUUUCAGACUUCUUUUCCCUUUCAAGAAAUGAUUCCCUUCGCCUCAUGGAAGGUCAGUGGAAGGAAAUGGAUUUUGCUUUCACGGCCUCAUAGCCUAUCCCGUUGAUCAUAUUGACCAUGGAGGAACAUAGACUACACAUGAAGCCUUCUGGAUCCA